CUUUAUUGUGGUGUGUUCCAUGCCGUGUCUGCGUCGUGGCCGUGGGUGAAUGUAGUCGGUAAUUCGUGAACUGCCUCACGAACGAAAAGAUGGACCUCCUCCUCCUUCAUCAAUAUUUAAGUCAUGGGUCGGCUCAGCCAGCGACCAGAGCGAUUGACAACAACGUUCCUCUCUCAUCACAUGCACGGCACACGCCCCCUCUUCUCUCACGCAAGUCGUUACACACGCAAGUACUUGUGUAAUCAUCUGCCAUCAAUCAAUCAGUCGAUGAAUCGAUCAAUGACAUCAGUGAGUGCACAAGCAAAUCCGCUCAGUACAGUGAGUGCUCCAUGGAAUAAUGCAUCCAUCUAUCCAAAGUCACACAUCAACGAAGACACAAAUACACACACACACACACACACUGCAAAACCACUCAACACGCAAGCCAGCCGUCACUCUCCCAGUCCAGCAGCAGCUUCCGCCGCCGCCGCCUGCUUCUGCACAGCGCCACUGGUGGUCUUGGUCUCGUUCAGCGUCCUGAUGGCGACCUGUUCCACUCGAUACGGGUCGAUGUGCCCGGGGUACUCCAGCCGCUGCGCCAGCUCGUUGCGAGCAAUAACGGCCGCCUUUAGCGCUGCGACUAGCCCCUCAAACGUGCUGGCAGGAGGGGUAUACGACCCGCCAUAAUGCGAUUUGCCGCGGGCCUGUCAGGUCAGGACACACACACCGGUGGAAACAGAGACGGGAUGGAUGUGUGGCAGCUUUGCUACAGAGGUACCUGUAGAGUGACGCAGAAAGCGGUGGUGGUGGUGUGGAGCGUGACGCCAGUGCCGCCCUUGCUGCCGCACUCCUGGUCCAUCAGGUGCGACCGCAGCCGAUUGAGCAGCACCACGGCCGUCUGACGCAGAUCGGCACCGCUCAACACCCUGAAGGCCGCGGGGAAACGAGCUGAUUGAUGCAGAGACACAGAGACAGCGGUACACAUGCGCCUGUAUAGAAGAGCAUUUUACGUGUGUGUGGGUCUGCUUUACUUUGUAGGUCGAUCAGGUUCCUCUGGCAAAAGGCGACCGAUGCCGCCUCUUCUGGUGGUGGGGCGGGAGAGAGGCCGCCAGACAGCUCUUCUGCUCGGACAAGACACACACACACACACACACACGAUGUGCAGAUGACCGUCCGACCACACACGUGUGGUGCGCUGCUCACCCUGCUUCUGCUGCUGUUGCGCCAGAGCGACAGCCCGCUGCUCGUCUCUGUAGGAGAUGGCCCUCUGCAGCGCCUGCAGGAGGUGGGCGCGUGUCUUCUUCUGAGGCCUGAACUCCUUGAAGACUGGCUUGUCCUGCUGCCGUAGCGACACCUUGAAGACCUGGGCCUUCCUCUCCCAACUGAUGUUGAGACCGCGGCCACUGGUGCUGCCUCUGCCGCUGGUGCUGCUAUUGCGUGCGUCGUUGAGCAGCGAGCGGGCGCAUUGGAGCAGCUCCUCGUCGGUCAGCUCUUCAUGCUCGCCUGAAACACAGACAGCGGUCGGUAAGAGAGGUUGAUUGCGAAAACGGGUGUCUGUUUGAGGGGUAGAUCACAUCACCUUUGGACAGGGGUGUGUGUGCCUCGGGUACGGUGCCCUCAGCUGACGACGCGCCACUCGUGUCUGCAAAAAAGAACAACAUAACAUCAUCACGCCGACUGACUCGCCGAUCGCAUCACCAUCACCUUCUUCUGUUCUUCCUCUCCUCACUCACCUUGCCGCCUCCUUUUGCGCCUCCCUUCCCUCUCCCCACUCGUAUCCGCCUGUCGACGCAGCCCAGCCUCCUCAGCCCACCCAUCACGGCCACCCAUCGCCCGCUGCAGAGCUUUCUCAACCGCACACGCCGUCGGCCUCGACACCGGAUAGAAACCGCCAUACAGUGCCGGCCCCUCAGCAGCAGCGUUGCCAUGGGUCAGACAGAUCACCAUGAAGCCGCCACAGCCAUUAGACAGGCGAGAGGUGUCUGGGUCGGCAGGCGCUCGCCACGCGAUGUGCUGCGCGCGGGGCCCGCGUGUGCUGAGCUGGCGGAUGGCGACGUCGGUGAGUUGGGCGGCGGGAAGGGGUAUGUUGGUCGCACACGACUGACACAGCCACUGGCACCCGCCGUCUUCUGAGGGACGAACAAGGCCCUGAAUGAAGUGACCAUCAAUCACAACCAACACACGCAGACAACCCAGCCACUGGUCUGUGUCUGUGCGGUUGCCCCUCUCAACCAGUGCUGUGCUUACGUCGACGGCGCCCUCCUGGCAGGCCUGCAAGCACACUGAGCACGUGAGGGCCGUGGUCAGUAUCGGCGGGCCGUGCAGCGAAUCGGCCGUGUGUGUGUGGAAAAUCAGAGGCGGCGGCGAGGGCAGGUGCGUGGGUGACGAUAGAUGCGACAGAUGGGUGGGAGAGGGAGUGGGGAAGGGCAGUGUUGGCCUCUGAGAAGGCGCCUCAUCUGCAACACCUGUGACCUGAUCUGCGGCUGGCGGUGGAACGCCUUCUGCGCCCCUGUCGGCCGCGGCCGUUCCAGAAGUGUAGAGGCUGUCAUUCUCCAUCUGCCCCUCCCUUUGAGAGAGAGAGCGGUUUC